AUGGACGAAUUCGAGAUCAAGUGGAGGAGACAUAUUAAGUACCUUGGUGUGGAACUGGAUGGAAGGUUAAACUUCCAUCACCACAUGCCUACGGCGUCAAACAAGGCGAUUGAAUGUGCGGCUAACUUAGCACGGGUGAUGCUAAAUGUUGGAGGCGCUCGUGAGAAGAAAAGGAGAGUGGUGGCGAGUGUCGCCCACGCUAAGUUGCUUUAUGCAGCACCAGCGCUCGUCGAAAAAUGGCAGGAAAGAUGGUAUAAUGAGGUAAAAGGUCGAUGGACUUACCGCCUUAUACCGACACUAGCCACUUGGUUAGGUAAGAACCAUGGCGAGGUCUCCUACUACUUGACACAAGCGCUGACAGGUCACGGAUGUUUUAAUUUGUACCUGCAGCGCUUUAAAAAGAAAGAGACAGAGGAGUGUGCUUACUGCCAGUUCCCUGUGGACAAGGCAGAGCACACCCUCUUUGCCUGCAGUAGAUGGGACUUGGAGAGGCAGGCCAUGUUUACCGGUGUAAACUCUACAGUUGCACCGGAGAACAUGGUAGCGCUGAUGAUCCAGUUCCUAGAAAACUGGCGGUUCAUCGAGACCUUUAUCAUCACGGUUAUGAUGAGAAAGGAUCUCGAUGGCCGCAGGAAGGCGAUGUUCGCAGGAAUGGAUGAAGUCGCUUUACAACAGAGUAGGAGCGCCACCUUCAAAGGCAAAAGUCUUCACGACAGUACCGAGGGUGGAUAA